AUGGUGGCACGAAGCCCCCACUGUGGGACCACCGGCCCGGCCGAAACGCAGCAGCAGGCUCUGCACCUGCCCGAGGAGGAGAGCGUGCCCUCUUCUGUGAAGGUGCUGGCUCAGGCCAGGCCCUCAGGAGCCUGUAUAACCCGACCAUCCCUCUGCUUCCCCCCUGUGGCCGUGCAGAAGAGGCUGCGCAUCCUGGCCUGGCUGUCCCAGGACUCUGUGCUGUGGCUGAAGAUGGACUUAAUGGCCAGCCCUCUCCAUCCACUGGAGACCUGCUGGGCUGACGAGGACUGUCCUGAAGGGGAGACGGGGAUGCACAGCCAUGGCAUCAAAACGGGCCAAUGUGUGAUAUUCAAUGGGACCCACAGGACCUGUGAGAUCUGGGACUGGUGCCAGGUGGAGAAUGACACUGUGCCUGUGAAGCCCGUGCUGGUCCAGGCUGAGAACUUCACCCUGUUCAUCAAAAUCACUGUCACCUUCAGCAAGUUCAACUCACCAAGUGAUGCCUUGGAGACCUGGGAUGCCACCUAUUUCAAGCACUGCCUCUACGACCCACGCUUCAGCCCCUACUGCCCUGUGUUCCACAUCGGGGACCUUGUUGCCAUGGCUGGUGGGGUCUUUGAGGACCUGGCAUUGCAUGAUGUGCUGUGUGCAGGGCGGUGCUGUGGCAUCCACGUCUGCUGAGAUGGUGACCUGGAUACGGGGGGCCCCGACUGCCAAUCUCACUACUCCUUCCAGCUGCGGGAGUGGAGCUCCAACUUCAGGACAGCCACUCACCAGGGGGAGGCCUCAGGCGUGGAGGCCCGGAGCCUGCUCAGCUCUACGGGAUCUAGGCUCAGCCCAGGUCUCUCUCAGGCAGGGAAGUUCGGGCUCAUCCCCACAACCCUCACUCUGGGCACUGGAGCAGCCCGGCUGGGUGUGAUCACCUUCUUCUGUGACCUGUUGCUGUUGUACGUGGAUGGAGAAGCCCAUUUCUACUGCAGGACCAAGCAUGAGGAGGGGGCUGCGGGCCUGCCUGACCCUGGGCGACACUUUGGAGGGUGGUGGAUGGAGCCCUGCCCUGCUGUCCUCAUCUGCAGGCAAAGGCCCCGAAGGGAACUGCCAACCCUGAGCAGACAGGCGGCUUCCCCAACAUCCGGCUGCCCAGGUGCCUUAGAGGGGGCCCAGCACCUGUCCCCACUGCUGCUGCUGGGAGCUGGACACAGUCACCGGGGGCCUGGCACCCACUUGCUGGCCCAUUCCUGAGGCCUGUAGCCUUUCUCUGCUCGUUGGGUGUUGGGGGCUGGGAAGGGUCAGUGCCCCACCUUGGGGACUCACAGCUGAAGCCCUGGCAGGACCAGGGCAGGGGUGGGGGAGAAUUCCACCCUUCAGCUCCCAGGCAGCCUGUCCCUCCCCCAGCUCCAGCCUUGGCAGGGGCCCACAGAAGCCAGUUUCGUGUACAGACUGCAGGGAACAGAUGCAGGGCCCUGGUCCAGUGGGGCUCUGGCUGGGGCUGGGGCUGGAGAUGCUCUCCCAGGCUCCGUCUCCAGUGUUCCCAGCAGCUCCCCACUCUCCAGCUGUCCACCACACUGGCUGUGGUCGCCUUGGCCCUGCCUGGCUCCCAGCCCUCCUCCCCCUGCUGGCACCCCCCUCACAGGGAGAGGCCCUGCCCUCUCAGCUGCCCCGCAGUGGUGUCUGUGCAGCCAGAGUCCAAGGCCAGGGAGAAGGCAGCCUGGCAGGAGGAGCUGUGGCAGCUGCUUUGUGCUGGGUUCCCAGGGCAUGGCCCCUCCCAGCUCUGGGCCUCAUCCAUGGAGUGAGGAGUGUGGUGGCAGAUGCUCUGACCCCCUAGUACCCCAAGCAAAGGUACAGGCACCUCUUGGGCCCAUACCUGCUCAGCUGAUGAGCACCAGCACCUUCCUGGUGGCAGCCCUUUGGCUGUGGAUGGCUGGGAUGGGGAGCUGGGUAGAGGGGUUGUUGGUGGGCAUGGGGUCCUUUGGGACCCUCUGUCUGUCUCCUUGGUGACACCAGCCCAAUGCCCUGGAAUCUGCUCACCAGGCUUCCUGGGAUUCAUAGGGUGGGGAGGCUGUAUAUCUGCACACAUGUCACUGCUGCCCAAGGUCACACCUGAGAAUACAUCUGAACAGCUGCUACCCCAGCCUGAGGCAACUGCCCGAGGACCAUGCUCUGACCAAGUGCCCCAGGUGGAGCCCAGGGGCUGGUGGGAAUGUUCUUAACAGAGGACAUGGAAACCUCAGCAGGCUGGCCUGGUUCUGGCUCUGGAAUCCUCCAGGGGCCUGAGUCCUGCCUGCUGGAGAAUUUCCCUAUGUCCUGGGCCUAUGGUCAGGAGUGGGGAGGGACGGGGCUGCAGGAGCCAAGCCCUCUCAGGGGCCUGGGGACCCCCAAAGAUGGGGCUCCAUCACCACCAGGUGAGCUGAAGGUCCCUGGAGCAGGUCCAGGUGCUUGUGCACCCACCUCCCCGUGUGUGUCCCAUCCCGAGCCUUUGUCACAAAGCCCUGAGGGGGCAGCAGGGAGAGAGGCCGCUGGAAGCUGCGGGCAGCCCUGGGCUGGGAAACAGCUGCUGUCUUAGUCUGCACGCCCAUGUAGGGGACUGUGUGCACAUGUGGGCCUGUGCCUGAGAGAUGCAUGUGCCCGGGCAGGGGGUCUCUCCAUCCGGGGCAGGGAUCAGGACAUGCCCUGCUUUCUGGGAGCCCUGGGAAACCGAGGGAGCCCAGAACUGCCCUGCCCUUUCUAAGUGGCCUCCUUGGGGUCCAGGCUCUGCUUUCUAUAUCUGCCCCCAAGGGACAUGUGGGGAGCCUUGGAGGGAGCCUGGUCCCACCCUGUGCCUGGUGUGUGUAGCUCCCCCCUGUGCUGGGCAGAGGGCACUGGCCUGAGGGCGGAAUCCCCGGACCCAGGUCUGGCCAUGUCCCUGACUCAGGGCUGUCCCAGGGCUGGCACCCUCACCUUACAGAACCUCGGCAAAUGUGCUAUAGGUUGGAGAUAAUCAUCUACUUCCUGGGGACAGGUAAGGACUCAGGAUCACAAAGACCCCC